UAGCUUUGUGGAUAGCUUGUAGACAGUUCUCGCUUAGUCUCUGUUUAACUUCAUGUUAGCUGAAAAGUCACUCAAACUUAAUAUUCUUAUUUAAUCUUUCAUUGGUGAUUUAAAGAGAGAAAAUAACAACCUGCUAUUUUUGUUGAUAGAGUGAAGCUGAUUUUUGGAUUUUCAGUCCAACAAUCUAAAAACAAAGAUGGCACCAAAUAUUUCAAACACAGAUCCAAAAAUACUUACGAAGAAAGAUUUUCAAAAGGAGGACUCAAUAGGUGAUGAAAAUGAAAGCCAAAACGGAAGCGAAAUCUAUACAAAAACUGAAGGCUGGUUCAAGACGGAACCGAAGUGGCUUAACAUCAUAUCUAUUAAUCUUUUGCAUUUAUUCUUUCUGUACGCCUGUUUUACUUUUCAAUUUCUCGAAAAUCUGAAGACGACUGCUUGGAUAUGUAGCAUGAUUGCGAUAGGAGGGGCAGGAAUCACUGCCGGCGCUCAUCGUUUAUGGACCCAUCGAGCUUACAAGGCAAAAUGGCAGCUUAGAAUUAUACUUAUCAUUUUCUACGCUUCAGCCGGCAUGAAUAAUAUUUACGAUUGGGUGAGAGAUCAUCGGGUGCAUCACAAGUAUACGGACACGGAUGCAGAUCCGCACAACAGUAACCGAGGAUUCUUUUACUCUCAUGUCGGUUGGCUGAUGAUGAAGAAACAUCCGGAAGUGAUCCGAAGGGGUCGUGAGAUCGACAUGAGCGAUAUAUUGGCCGAUCCUAUCGCCGCGUUCAGUAUCAAAUAUUUUUCAAUAAUUAAAUUUAUCUUCGCUUUUUUGCUUCCGGUGAUAUUGCCCGUGUAUGGAUGGAAUGAGACUUGGUCUCGAGCUUUCGUGUCGCAGAUUAUUCUUCGUUAUCCUUUAAUUUUAAAUUUUACAUGGAGCGUCAACAGUGUGGCUCAUAUCUGGGGCUCAAAGCCAUACGACACGCACAUAAACCCGACCGAGAAUCUAUGGGUCAGUUUAGUAACGGGCGGUGAAGGAUGGCACAAUUACCAUCAUGUCUUUCCGUGGGACUACAAGGCUGCCGAGUUAAACAAUUCCUUCAUUACAAACUUCAUCGACUUCUUCGCGAAAAUUGGAUGGGCGUACGAUCUUAAACAACCGUCGAAGGAGCUCGUUAAGAUCGUCGCGAUGAAAAGGGGUGAUGGAAGUUAUCCUUUAUGGGAUGCUGUGCCAUAUCCAGUAGAAACUGAAUAAUAAAAAUGACAGAGAGUUUCUUCGGAUCAAUUAACAGCAAAUAGAUAAUUAAAAUAAUUUAUAUGUCUUGUUAUUUAUAUUAUAUUUGUUAGUAUACAUAUAUGUUAUAAACUUAUGUUUUUGUUUUUUGAAAAUGUAAUAUUUCUUUAUUAAUAUUUGAUAAUUAAGUAAAUUCUGCACUCUUUUCGCAAAUCAAGGUAAAGAUGAUUGGAGCAGCCUUAUCAUUGAUAUAUUUACCUAGAAUUUCUUUUUUGAUUAUUCCAUCAUUUAUAGAACGCUUUGUAGCAAUUUUGAUAAGUAAUUAUAUAUAGUUUAUAGCAGAUUAAA